UUGGCGGCGGGGACUCGUGUUAUAUGAGUUUUGCGCCGUUUUCGGUUGCGGGGGAUGGAUCGUCCGUGUUGGCAGAGCCGGAUACACCGAGGUCGAUGGCAGAGAUGAAUUUGGGAUUUGGGUUGGAUGGUGGGGUUGGGGGGCUAGGAUCGGGGCCGUGGCCAGUUAUGAGAGAGUUUGCGGAGGGGAAUGAGGUUUGUGGGAGGGGUUUGUUGGGAGAAGAUAUUGAGCAGAGAGUUGUUACGCCGGCCGUUGUGUCGGAGGUUCUUCUUGAUGCACAGGCGGAUCAGGCGUUGGAGUCUAGGCCUGGGGAUGAUGGUGCUGGGUCAUCGUUGUCUGUGAUGGGAGAGCUACAGUCCUUCUUUAGUCGGAUUACACGGUAUGGACAAACCAGGACUUGUCGACAGUCUGCGGAGGUGCAGCUGCGCGCGAUGUUGCAUCGUGAUCUGUCUGCGGACUAGGGCCUAAGAUAUCUAAUGACUAACGAUGAUGAACCUGCGACUAUAUUCAAUGCUAUCAUGAAUCAUAAGAACUUUUAGACCAUCACGCCGUAGCCUCAAUCCCAGAUAUUAACGUUUUCGCAAACUCCUCAAACCUCGCAUAUGAGUAACAAUCUGUCUUGUAUCUCUCAACAAGCGGCCGGUUGUCCGGUUCCUUCUGUCCAACCUUCUUCUUCUCCUGUUCACCCUCAUCAUCACUAUCACUAUCACCAUC